CAGUUGGAGGCAGUUGGUCGCGGUGGAAUUAGAUCUGUCACUUGUGAGACGCUCGGCCAAUGGCAGCUGGGAGGCGGGGCCAUAUGGCACCAUUGCAACGUGCAAUUAGAAUGAUAUGAAGGCCCUAAUGAAUAUGGUGCUCGCUGUGCUACCGGUUAUACGAAUACCUAGCAAGCCGUAAUCACUGAUCAGGCUCUGCGUCUCCCGUACAGCAUCAAGCAUAGGAUCGCGUCCUGUUACUCUGCGCCCGCACUAGGCUACAGAUACUCGUCCUUUAAAAGCCGUGAAAAACAUCCACGUGUUAUAAAAAACAACAUAUAACUUUUCGGACAUUACCCGCAUUAUCAAAAUAAAUCCCACACUGAACUUAGUAAGUCACCCUGUAGUGCACGGGUUGCGGGCAGCUGCCACUAUGCUCACAAGGUGUAAUCGGUACAAAGAUCCCCGAUCAGUCCACAAAGUGUGUUUUACCUCUGACGUACGAGCAGGGAGGGUGAAGGUGACUGCUGCUGUUUCGGCGUAACUGAGGGGGACCUGAUGGGGAGCAUCAUCAGCAGUGACCGUGUGCCUCUGUCACUGGCAGCACAUGCAGUUAUAACUAAUAUCUAAUGAGAAAGACAGAUACCUUGCUGGCGUGAUCGGAGCACAUACUGGAACUACUUCUUUCUGCCCCCCCUCCCCUCAGCGGAUGGACACCUUUCACCUCGCUGUGCAUCCUCCGGCCUCCCUCAAUCGUUCUCUGUCGGUUGGUUCCUCUCGCUCCGCCUCCCUCGCGGACAGCUCGCCCGGUCUCCCCGGGGUCUGACCCUCUCAGUGCGGCCCGUCCUCUCUCUUCUGCUCGGGUGUGUGUACCGCAGCCGCCAUGGAGUUUGUGCCCCCUCCGGAGUGUCCGGUGUUUGAGCCCAGCCGUGAGGAAUUUGCUGACCCCUUUGCGUUUAUCAGCAAGAUCCGACCGAUUGCGGAGCGCACCGGUAUCUGCAAGGUCCGGCCGCCGCCGGACUGGCAACCUCCGUUUGCUUGUGAUGUGGACAAACUGCACUUCACCCCACGGAUCCAAAGACUUAAUGAACUUGAGGCUCAGACAAGAGUUAAGUUGAACUUCUUGGAUCAGAUUGCCAAAUUUUGGGAAUUGCAGGGAUGUACUCUGAAAAUACCUCAUGUUGAACGAAAAAUAUUGGACUUGUUUCAACUAAACAAGUUGGUGGCUGAAGGAGGUGGCUUUGAUGUGGUCUGCAGAGACAGAAAAUGGACUAAGAUCGCUACAAAAAUGGGCUUCUCUCCUGGAAAAGCUGUUGGGUCUCACAUCCGAGGUCAUUAUGAGCGCAUACUUUACCCUUUCAACUUGUUUCAGGCCGGAGCUAGCUUGCUGGCUCCUGAUACAUGCACUAAACUGCUCAAAUUCAUGGAAGAUACAGCCCUAUAUAAGAAACCAACUCUUGCUCCCGAUGUUAAAGACAAGGAGUACAAACCUCAUGAUAUACCGCAGAGGCAGUCUGUCCAACCUUCAGAAAACUGCACUCCUGCCAGACGGGCUAAACGUAUGAGAGCAGAGGUGGUAAAGAUUAAAACUGAGCCAGAAGAAACUGUAGAACUAAGACCUCGGACUUUGCGUCGUAGGAUGGGAUCUACACCCUCCAUAUGUGAAAAUGAUGAAACUCCAGUAACUAUUAAACGAGAGCCAGUGGAAGCUAUUAUAGAGAAGCCAAAACCCCGUUCCAAGAAAAGCAAAAGUUUAGUGGAUUUGUAUGUCUGUCUUAUCUGUGGGAGUGGAAGUGAUGAAGACCGUCUCCUUCUGUGCGAUGGUUGUGAUGACAGUUACCAUACCUUCUGUCUUAUUCCGCCACUCCAUGAUGUGCCCAAAGGCGAUUGGAGAUGCCCAAAAUGUCUGGCACAGGAUUUCACCCUACAAAAUGGAUCAUCUGAUGGUCCACAGUCCCAAGAGAGAUGGGCUGUGACAAAUGUUGAAUAUAACUUUGAAUGCAGUAAACCACAAGAGGCAUUUGGUUUUGAGCAAGCAGCCAGAGAUUAUACCCUACGCAUGUUUGGAGAGAUGGCUGAUAAUUUCAAGUCUGACUAUUUUAAUAUGCCUGUGCAUAUGGUGCCUACAGAGCUGGUGGAAAAGGAGUUUUGGCGUUUAGUGAGCACUAUAGAAGAGGAUGUAACUGUUGAAUAUGGAGCAGAUAUUGCAUCAAAAGAGUUUGGCAGUGGUUUUCCUGUGCGAGAUGGGAAGUUCCGUGUUAAGCCUGAAGAUGAGGAGUACCUGGACUGUGGUUGGAAUCUGAAUAAUAUGCCUGUAAUGCAGCCCUCUGUGUUGGCUCAUAUUACUGCCGAUAUCUGUGGGAUGAAGUUGCCUUGGCUUUACGUUGGCAUGUGCUUUUCUUCUUUUUGUUGGCAUAUUGAAGAUCACUGGAGUUACUCUAUCAAUUAUUUGCACUGGGGUGAGCCAAAAACGUGGUAUGGGGCACCUGGAUAUGCUGCAGAGCAACUGGAGGAGGUGAUGAAGAAACUGGCUCCAGAAUUAUUUAUUGCUCAGCCUGACCUUCUCCAUCAGCUGGUUACCAUCAUGAAUCCAAAUACUCUAAUGUCUCAUGGUGUGCCGAUAUAUCGCACCAAUCAAUGUGCUGGAGAAUUUGUCAUCACUUUUCCACGUGCAUAUCACAGUGGCUUUAACCAGGGCUUCAACUUUGCAGAGGCUGUAAAUUUCUGUACUGUGGACUGGCUACCUCUUGGGCGUCAGUGUGUGGAACAUUAUCGGGGCCUGAAUAGAUACUGUGUGUUCUCUCAUGAUGAGAUGAUCUGCAAGAUGGCCCAUAAAGCAAAAGAGUUGGAUGUUGUUCUGGCAUCCUCUGUACAGAAGGAUCUAGCAAUUAUGAUUGAUGAUGAAAGGACACUUCGUGAGGCUGUCCGGAAGAUGGGUGUUGUGAAGUUUGAGAAAAUGGAUCUGGAGUUGCUAGCAGAUGAUGAGCGGCAGUGUGUGAAGUGCAAGACAACCUGCUUCACAUCUGCUGUGUAUUGUCCCUGCAGUCCCGGGUCUCUUGUAUGUUUACACCACGUUGAUGCACUGUGCUCUUGCCCUCACUACAAUUAUAUCUUAGGGUAUCGUUUCACCCUUGAUGACUUGUAUCCUAUGAUGAAUGCUGUGAAGUUGCGAGCAGAAUCCUAUGACAGUUGGGCUUCUGAGGUUAUUGAUGCUCUUAAAACCUCAUGCAAUAAAAGAAGCAUCUCCUGCCUCCAGCUGCUUUUAGAGGAAUCUGAAAUGAAGAAAUUUCCAGAUAAUGACCUACUGCGUCACCUGCGAGCUGUCGUACAAGAUGCAGAGAAGUGUGGAGUGCUUGCACAACAACUGCUAAAUGGAAAGCGCCAUACCAGGUUUCGAUCAGGUGGUGGAAAGACUCAGAACCAGCUGACUGUUGCAGAACUCAGGUCAUUUGUGAAGCAACUGCAUUCUCUUCCUUGCAGCAUCAGCCAGACACCUCAGCUCAAGGACCUUCUUAAUAGAGUGGAAGAAUUUCAGACACGCAGCCACAAGCUUUUAGCAGCAGAGAUGCCCAGAGCAAGCGACUUGCAGCAGCUUCUUGAUUCUAGCUUUCAGUUUGACUUGGAGUUACCCUUGGGAAGUUUGCGAGAACGCCUGGAGCAGGCACGCUGGUUGGAGGAACAGCAGCAAGCAUGUCAGGAGCCUGGGACACUCACAUUGGAUGUAAUGAGGCGACUUAUAGACUUGGGUGUAGGGUUGACUCCUCAUCCGACUGUGGAGAAGGCAAUGGCUAAACUUCAGGAGCUUCUGACCAUGUCAGAACAUUGGCAUGACAAAUGCAAAAGUCUGCUCAGAGCCCGGCCCCGACAUCAUCUUAGCUCCAUGGUUGCUGCUCUGCAGGAAGUGGAGAAUGUCCCAGCUUACCUUCCAUGUGUGGAUUCUCUGAGAGAUGCUGUGGAGAAAGCUCAGGAAUGGCUACAGAAGGUGGAGACUUUACAGACUGGACUCCGUGUUCCUGUUCUAGAUACCCUGGUGGAGCUGGUGAAUCAUGGUCGAGCAAUUCCUGUUCAUCUUAGUCCUUUACCAAGACUUGAGGCUCUUGUUGGUGAGGUCCACGCCUGGACUGAAAGUGCCACAAGCACAUUUUUAACACCAAACUCUCCCUACACUUUGCUAGAGGUUCUCUGCCCUCGCUGUGAUGUUUCCUCUCCUGGCUUGAAAAGAAAAGUGAGAAAGGUUAAAGAUCUGACAGUCGUUGGUGGAAAGAAGAAAUAUCCCAAACCAGAAGGCCUGAUUGAGCUUGAGAAAGCCUUGACUGAAAGUAAAGAGACAGCUACUGCUAUGGCAACUUUGGGUGAGGCGAGACUGCGUGAAAUGGAGUCUUUGCAUGCUAUGCGGAUCUCUAAUGAGAACAGAAUUUUGUCGCGAGAAGAACAGAGUGACUGGAAAGUGUGUAUGUGUCAGGGGGCACCCAUGGCUCCCAUGAUUCAGUGUGAGUUGUGCCGUGCUUGCUUCCACACUGGCUGUAUUGCUGCCCCAAAGCAUGGAUCCCAAGUCUGGCUGUGUCCACAGUGCCACCGUUCAAAGAAACCACCUCUGGAAAAGAUCCUCCCUCUUUUGGCAUCUCUACAACGUCUCCGUGUUCGACUGCCAGAGGGAGAUGCCCUGCGCUAUCUUAUUGAGAGGACAGUGAGCUGGCAGCAUCGGGCACAGCACAUGCUGUUGUCUUCUGGAGACCUAAAACUUGCCCAGGAGAGAGUCAGCUCAAGUCAACUCUACAACAGAUGGCAAGCAACAACUGGGCAGCUGACAGAAACUUGUAAUGUAUCACAAAGUGUUGGGGCCACAUCAUUCUCUUUGCCCCAUGAGUGGGACAACAGGACCAUCUAUGUCCAGUCUCCAUUUUCUCCUGGGCGUAACUGCAUUCCCCUGAACAGCCUGAGUGCGGAGCUGGACGAAUUACUUAUGGAAGCUCAACUUCUGCAAGUUUCACUUCCUGAGGUACAGGAACUAUAUCAGGCUCUUUUAACUCAGCCAAACACACCAACCACUGAGCGCAGCUUAACUCCUACAGGUGUUGGCAGAGAGAGAACACUCUGUAAGCAACAGGGAACAGAGUGGAACACAACACGUUCUGAGGCUGUAACCUGUUUAGUGAAGAAAGAUCGAACAGACAGCACAGAAAAGAAAUUAAAGCGGCGUCACGAGGGUACUGAUGGCAGAAUGAAGAAGAUGGCCACUCCACGUAAAAAAAGAGUGAAAACCGUACAGUCCAAAGACCUAUGUGGCAGAGAGAAAAACCUAGAGACAAGAGAUAGUGACUCCCAGGGUUCUUUCACAUCUGAAUCUGAAGAUGACUAUGCAGUUUGUCCAGCAGAGCAAUGCUUGGAACCUGAAGGCGAUGAGGUGGACUGGGUGCAGUGUGAUGGAAGCUGUAAUCGUUGGUUUCACCAGGUCUGCGUUGGCCUUUCUGCUGAAACUGCUGAGAAGGAGGAUUAUGUGUGCACUCACUGCAAUGAGGCAAUUGCUGCACGCAAUUAAGAGCACGUUUUCCCCUCAGAGAUUCAAGACUGCACUCCUCUUCCCAAGCUCUGGGUGGGAUGGAUAAAAAAAAACAAUAUUCGCAGGAGCUUUAGGAUUCUUUCUCUUUCCUUUAGACACAUGCCUGGUUUCCUUUUCAAAUCCGGCUCCAGAUGGUGCUUCUCAGACCCUUAAAACCCAAUGCUCCUUCCACAGAACUCAGAUUUCACUGAAAGAUAAAUUGUUUUGUAUAUUUUCCUUAACUCUGCAGCUGUUACAAGUUACAGAUAUGCUGGUUCUCCGGCAAAAUUAAUUUGUUAUAGAUUGUUUGCUGUUUGAAGAGAAGCUUCUUCUUUUUCUUUUUUUUCUCCCUCCCUCCCUCCCCCCCCCCCCCCCCCCAAAAAAAACAAACAAACAAACAAAACACCGUACCACAUUUUAAGGACCCAUAGUACGCAAAAGGGAGUAUGACAAUUGUUUAACUUGGGGUAAAGUACUGACACUUGAGUUUUCGGUUCCAUUAAUGAGCAUCCAUGUUCUGUGUUUUACAUUAGGAUACAUUUCCUGAGCAAUAACUUUUUUUUUCUUUCUAUAAAUUCCAAGAGAUACUGAACCUUUUGCUCUGAAUUUAAUGCCCUUUCAAAAUGAGCGUCUUUGUACAGAUAUGUUGGGUGAGUAGGUGUUUAGGGCAGCCAGCGUGUUAGAUAUAGCAAUCUGAGCUGUAUGUCAGCUUCCCUUAAAACCCUGUUUAAUUAUUUCUUGUUUGUUUUUGGCUUUUCUUGUAGCUUGUAUGAAAUAUUGCAGUUUAUAUUGUGGAAUAAAAUCCUUGGUUACAAUGAA